AAACUCUGGAGUGAUGCCGAUCUCGUGAGUAUCGGUGAGCUUCAGCUGCUCUGGAUCGACAGUCGAGGACCUAAUACGCCCUUGGCCUCGCUGAGGCUCUACUUCCUGCCGGAGAACACACCGGAUGGACGUAGGGAUACACAUGGAGAGGACGAAGUGCUGACCAUCUCGGAGAAAGUGGUGGUGCGCGUUCACGAUCUUGUGACGUGGCUCUCGCCAUCUCUAGAAUGGUCCUGUGGUCGGGAGGUUUCCUACCCCUCGACGCCCUCCUCAUCGCCGGACAGCAGUCCGCAGCCCCAGGUGCUCUCGGACCCCGGUCUCGACUUCUCCGACGUCGAACGUCAUCAGAAGGAUCUCGAGACACUAGCAUCGGUACGCCGGGGUGACACAACUGGCCAGACCAAAGUCGUCGUCCUCUCGUAUCCGAGGUAUUGUCGCUAUCGGGCCCUCCUUCAGCGACUCGAAGGCUCCGAACCCUCCUGGCUCUGCUCCUCCAUAGCCGCGGCUCUUGGUGGCUUCACCGCCCUACCUGGCACCAGGGUGCUCUUCUGCAGGGAUACCUUCGAUUACCCGGACCUCGAGACGCACGAGCUGCUCUGCAAUCAUUUGGCGCCAAAAUUGAAAGGACGACCUCGGAGAAAGCGGAAAAAGCGUAGCGUUUCGCCGGGCGAGUCGAGCAACGAGAGCGAGGCCUCCGUCGCCUCCUCCGUAGCCGCUUCCUCCUUUAAGGGAUCGUCCUCGAGUUCCGGACAGUCGAGCACCAAUGCCAGUGGGAGGCCAACCUCCUCGGCCAUACGACGCAGCGAGCGCAAGACCAGCGCCGAGGAGAAGAGAUUCGUCACCGAUGUCCAGAGUUUCAUGACUUCUCGCAACACUCCCUUAGGCAAGAUGCCCCUACUGGGUUACAGGCAGAUUGAUCUAUUUCUGUUUUACACAAAAGUUCAAGAUUUGGGUGGAUACGAUAGAGUAAGUGCGAAUCGUCUUUGGAAAUUAAUUUAUGACGAAAUGGGAGGUAAUACGGGUUCAACGAGUGCUGCAACAAUAACAAGAAGACAUUAUGAGAGAUUGUUGUUGCCUUAUGAAAGGUGUCAAAAGGGCGAAGAGACGAAGGUUCGACCAAAUCAUGGAAGUAGGCGCAUUAAAACACCAAGUAUAUCAGACGUAUCGGAAGAUUCCAUUGAAGUAAAGAGAGAGAAUGAAAGUCCACCUCCUUCGGAGACGCCACCUCCAGUCGAAACAACUAAUUCUACUACAGUUACACCUCCUCCUCUACAGUCAAUUCUUGCAUCUUCGGCGUUCCUGCCUGGCGAGAAGCCACGCACUGAGAGCGGCAAGACGUCGUCGUUGCGCAGCGUGAGGGUAAAGCCCGAACGACUGAAGUCCCUGAAUACGAUAAUAGCGACCAGCAAUCCGGCGGCCGCCAGCCAGCAGCAGCAACUACCGAGCUCCCCAGGCUCCCUCCUUACCUCGACCACCUCCUCCAACACGACCUCCUCGUCAGGGGCCUCCUCACCCACGAGUACACCCCCAGCCUCGACCACGCCAACGAACGGCAGCCAGCACAGUGUCCUCGAGAGGCAGCUCAACAGCCCGCUUCUCACGCAACAGGUACCACCGUCGUGUUCACCACCAGGACUGCCUGUCAGUACUGUAGGAACUAAUGCGACGACUGUGGUAACGCUCACCCCACCUCCUGAGAAGGACAUGAAAGAGAUUAAGCUCGAUCCGAAGCAGACGAGUUUGUUGGCCCAAGGCAAGGAGAACAUACCCCUCUUUGAGGAGAAGAGUCCUAUAUUCGUGGAUAAACCAAACGCCGCACCGCGCUCGCCCGAGGUCAUCGAUCUCGAGACGGAGAACGAAAACGGCGCUAGGGAUAAGCUUAUCAUUCCAAGCUUUAAGAAGCGAAAGCUUGAAAUUCUUCGCGAGGGUGGACUCGAAGUUACGCCCGUUGAGUUGGAUGCCCGACCAAGUGUGAUUCAGCCGACAACGACGACGAAUGCGACAACAGCAGGAUGCUUAAGCGCCUCCGCGACGACGAUGGCCAGUUCCUCUACCGCUUCGUCACUAGUUACAGGCACAAUCGCGGCAACAAAUGCCACACCCUCGGCCCUAAAGCAAGAGGAGAAACCCACCGCGAGUGGCUCCUACGCUAUACCGCCGGCAACGGUCAUACCCAAACUCAUAAACGUGACGGUCACCCCGGACAUCGGUCGAAUGUUGCCCCGGUCCGAGGAACCGCGCGGUUCCGCCGUCUCGCCAAUUCGACCCCAUCCUAUCACCCCCGUAAAGCAGCAGCAGCAUCACCACCAUCAUCAUCAUCAUCAUCACCAUCAUCAUCAGGCGUUAACGAAUCAGGGCUCGCCGACCGGUCCGGGUGCCAAUAGCCGUGUCAUCAACCUUGGUAGUUCCAAUAACGCCACGCUGCUGCAGCUUUAUGCGAACGCUAACGUCCCCGUGCCGCACUCCUUGAGCGCGUCCGUCCAGGCGAAUCAGCGCUUCGUACCGCCCCCGCCUCCCAUGGCCAACGGUAGGUCGCUACUACCCAAGGUCACUCAAUCCAGAUCCAUCUUCGGUAAUAACGAGAGGAUGGUCUAUGGCAAUCCCAAGGACAUACUCGUCCCUCCCAAGUACAUACCAAAUGUGCUUGCGCAGCCGCACACGCCCAGAAAUCCGAGUGUUCUCUCGGCACCAAAUGUGCGAUGUGCCGAACCCUCCUCGGGUGGUGUCCUUGACCUCACUCAAAAGUCCACCGCCAGCGGCGAGAGACCGAGUUACGGUCGACCGAACCUGGAGAUCAUGAGGGUGCCGGUCGUACCCCGACCGAAUCCCCUGAACCUCGAGGCUCACCAUCGAGGUGUAAUGAAUCUUGGUAGCAACCACUGUAAGGAUUCGCCCGUCAAGGUACCCCCGCCACCACCACUGCCGCCCCCGUCUCCGUCGGACGCGACUACGGGGCGCAAAGGUCACUUCGUCGCUGGUAAUCUCGCGCCGAGUCCCGCUGGCUAUGCAAACGUCCUCGACAGUCGUACAAUGGCCACAAAUAAUCUGGAGAUUACCCUCGUCAGUCCCAAAAAGUCCGGCGGAGGAGCUAUCGUUGGCCCACCUCAGCUCAGCCCACCCUCUAGAAAUAAUAAUGUGUUGCCACCAACGUUGCCAAUGCAAAGGAGACAGCACCAGCAUCAGCACCUAAAUGGCAAGUUCCCGUCAAGACUGCCUUCAGAGCCGGUCUCGCCUUACACUCCGCGCAAGCCGCUGCCAUCGAGUGGCGGUGGCAGCCAUCACCCGGUGAUACCGAACGUGCCGAAUCUUAGCCAUUUGAACGCAAGCGCGGCCUCCGGUUACGUCAAAGGCAAUCAAACGGCCAGCUACCAGCAGAUGACGAUGGAAAAGAGAAAAUCGUCCCUUGAGUCGGCCGUUAGUAAUAAGGACCACCAGCGCAGGAUAAGCGAGGGUGACAAGGCUUCGAUGCAACAACAACGAAUCGAGUCCGGAACGUCGGGUUUAUCGUCGAAGCAGCAACAUUCGAGGGAGUCCGAGGCCAGCUCUAGGAGACACAGCGUGCCGAGCCUGUCGACGGGCUUCAUGUCGGGCAUGCCCCCGAACAGCCCGGCCUUCCUCGCUCAUCAGAUCGUCGCCGCGGCGAAUAAUGGCUCGACGGCCUCCCCAGCGGCUGCCGCGGCUGCGGCCGCAGCGGCCGCCGGAAAAUUCCUGCCCAUCCUCGACCCCAUGUACUACUCGGCCUUCUAUAACGGUCUCUUCCCCGGGCCCGUGCCCGCCAACGCUGGACCCAACCCCUUCCUGCCGCCCGAGCUCAGCGCCUACUACAAGGAGCUUCUCGCCUCCUCGUCCUCGUCGGCUUCCGCCCAACAGACGAGACUGCAGCACCAGCCGGCCGCCCCCACGUCCAAGUAGAGGAGGGUCAACUGCGCCACAGCGAUCUCAAUGCGUUCGUGAACGAUUUUACUUUAUUCAUUAAUAUUUUUGUUUGGGUUUUUUUUUUCUUUUUUUUUUUCUCCUUAAAUUUUCAAGCCACGACGAAAACUGUAUAUUAAGCGAUGCGUGUUGCUGUAUGUGUGUGUAAACUGCUCUUUUGCAGUG